AUGUCCAAAAGCAAUUCUUGCGAUCAAACUAACAACAACGGUAGCAAAUGUUCUAACUACGAAUGCAACAUAUGCUUUGAUGAUGCAAAGGAACCUGUAGUAACUAGAUGUGGUCAUUUAUUUUGCUGGAAUUGCCUUGAGAUUUGGCUUGAUAGGAAUAUGAACGAAUGCCCCCUGUGUAAAUCAGAAGUCACUAGGGAUAAUGUCAUUCCUCUCUAUGGCCGUGGAUGCGACAGCACUGAUCCAAGAAAAUCUACACGACCUAAGCCUAAAACUGAAAGAGCAAAGCCUAGUGGUUCGGCAAAUCGCAACGCCACUCAGUCUAUAUUCGGAAAUUCCAUCUCAUUCUGGGCCUUCCCCUUCAGUUUUGGUGUUACUUUCAGAUCUUCUGACUUUAGAUUCCCUAUUGGCAAUUUGUUCGGGUCGACCUUCGGCUCCGGUUUCCCCCUGGGAUUUGGCAAUCAGAUGUUCUCACAAAAUCCUCAAGAUGCGGAAACGGACCAGCGCCGUGCUAUGUCCACCUUUCUGCUCACAGUCGGCUUGUUCAUAAUGUUCUCGCUAAUCAUGUACUAG